AUGGAAAAGCCAACGGUUACCGGUGCCACCGGAUACCAGCUAGAAACUUCUUCUGUAAUCAACAACAACAACAGUGGAAAACAAUCCGAAUUUAAAUCCUACGAAAAAGAAUAUGAUUAUGAGGACAAAUCCUCAAUCCAAAAUAGCGGGUCUAAUUUACCAGAAGGUGAUGAAACUUUGCGUAAAUCAUUUUCCUUAUGGUCUAUUUUGGGUGUAGGCUUUGGAUUAACCAAUUCUUGGUUCGGUAUCUCCACCUCUUUAGUAACAGGUAUAAGUUCUGGUGGUCCUUUAAUGGUUAUUUAUGGUAUUAUUAUUAUCGCUUUAAUUUCUUUAUGUAUUGGUGCUUCACUAAGUGAACUGUCAUCGGCUUACCCUCAUGCCGGUGGUCAAUUUUAUUGGAGUUUAAAGUUAGCUCCACCAAAAUACAGAAGAUUUGCAGCUUAUAUGUGUGGAUGUUAUGCUUGGGCAGGUAGUGUUUUCACCAGUGCCUCAACUACCUUAAGUGUAUGUACGGAAUUGGUUGGUAUGUAUGCUUUAACACAUAGAGAUUUUGAAGUUAAGAGAUGGCAUGUUUUUGUAUGUUUUGAGAUAUUGCAUUUUUUCUUGAUGAUUUUUAAUUGUUUUGGUAAGUCUCUACCAUUAAUUUCUUCAUCAUCUUUGUAUAUUUCUAUUGGUUCUUUUAUCGUUAUUACCAUAACUGUACUAGCCUGUGCCUCUGGGAAAUAUCAAGAUCCUAAAUUUGUGUUUGCUACUUUUUACAACGAAACUGGUUGGUCUAACGGUGGGAUUGCUUUUAUUAUUGGUUUAAUGAAUCCUGCUUGGUCUUUUAGUUGUUUAGACUGCGCCACUCAUAUGGCCUUUGAGGUAGAAAACCCUGAACGUAUCAUUCCAAUCAGUAUUAUGAGUACUGUUCUUAUUGGUUUUGUCACUUCCUUUCCCUAUGUUAUCUCCAUGUUUUUUAGUAUUCAAAAUUUAGAUGAUAUUAUGAAUAGCAACACUGGGUUUCCAAUUUUGGAAAUUUUCUACCAGGCGUUGCACUACAACAAAGCAGGUGCAAUUAUCCUGGGGUGUUUGAUUUUGUUCACCUCUUUUGGCUGUGUGAUUGCUUGUCACACUUGGCAAUCAAGAUUAUGUUGGUCGUUUGCCAGAGAUAAUGGUAUCCCCUACAGUAGGCUAUGGAGUCAGGUCAAUUCGCGUCUAGGUGUUCCUUUAAAUGCCCAUUUGAUGUCAUGCUUUUUAGUUGCUUUGUUGGGGUUGUUGUAUUUAGCAUCGGCCACCGCUUUUAAUUCUUUGAUUACUGGCUGUGUUUCGUUUUUACUAUUUUCAUAUUCCAUUCCUGUUAUUUUAUUAUUAAUGAAAAAAAGGCAAAUUGUCCAUGGCCCAUUCUGGCUGGGUAAAUUUGGUUAUUUUACUAAUGUUGUACUGUUGGCUUGGACAAUAUUUGCACUAGUCUUUUUCUGUUUCCCUAUGAUACUGCCUGUCGACCCAAAUAAUAUGAAUUACGCUUCUGUUUUCAUUGUUGGUUGUACCUUAUAUUGUUUAUUGUAUUGGCAGUUCAGGGGCAAAAAACAAUUUCGUGCUUUGGAGGAGGAUGAUGAUAUGUUACAGGAAGAUAAAAAGUUUGAACAAGAAAAUGGUCAAAAUGUUGGAGAAACUGAAGAUAUGACUGUGGCCAGUUAA